AUGCCUACCUCUACCACCUGGCGGCAUUCUCAAGAUCCAGGGACCCUUCGAGUCCACAGUCCUCCCCGCCCAUCUACCGACGAGAUCGAACCACUCUCGCCCUCACCCGAGCCCUUCCUUGACGUCUCUCUACCAGACCUUAAACCCACGUCUGCUCAAGAGAAUGGACAUCCCCUCCGAGGCCUUGGCCUCUCUGAAGUCGGAAUCUCCGACUCCGCCACCAUCACAACCCAGCCCGACCAUCUCUACCUGGACCAGAAUGGCGCCGCCCAUGUUGGCGUCAGGGACGGCGUCCCAGACUCCGCCGCUUCCCAACCACAACAACACUCCUUCUUUGACUCGCCCGUUCCGUCCUUGAGAAACACCCAGGUCGCUCCGGGUAAAGGCCAUACACGUUCCGGUUCUACCAUCGCAGACUUGGCAAAUGCAGCAAUAGCCACAAGUCCUGCUCCUGCCCCAGCGGAUUCCAGCCCGUUGCCGCACUGGAAGGGAACUUCGCAGUCCGCCUCUCGACCUUCGACCUCCUAUAUACAACGGUACCUUCACCAAGACAGCAUAGACGCCCCUCCGGCGAAGAGGAUAAAAUCAGAGCGAAUAGCUCCCCAGGAGUGGUCUCCGAAUGGCGAGCGACCCAGAACGAGCGGCUACGAUGAUCCCACGAGCAUGAAAGAUGCACUUUUAUUACUUGGCUUGCGGAAUGAGACCAACUUCAAGAACAAAACUCCCAGACGCGCCUCGAUGAGUACAUACACAUCAACCCAUCCCUGCAUUCAUUCGCCGCCUCUACGGACAUGGGAUGCUCAGAGCCGCCUUCCACCACAGGAAUUAUCUGCCUUUGGAAGUGUAUCUCUAGAAAUGGCCGAUGAAACAGUCCGGCGAGCUCGGGAAGACGAACUCUCAACAACUCAGUCCCAGGUUAACGCCGUACACAAGGCGCUACCUCCGGCCUUCAGCAGCGAGCCCAGCAAGAGAAAGCACUCCAGGGCAUCUGAGAGCGUAUCCAAGCACCUACAUUCGUCGAGGCGGAGAACAGCUGCACCCGGCCAAGGCUCACCUCCUGCAAAGAAGCUGAAGCUUGAGCAAGAGGAUCCCGAGGAAGAUGUGCGAUGCGCAGCUUGUCAACGCAUUGAGCCGGACAGGGUGGACGACGAUGAAAGGACGCUCUGGAUACAGUGUGGCCCUUGCAAACGUUGGUAUCAUGCUCAAUGUGCCGGCUAUAGCACCAAAGCAGAUGUCGAGGCCGUCAAUGCAUACGUUUGCAUGAGCUGUGAACCUCUACACGGAAAGACCACAUAUGUGCGCAAAUCAUCUCGUGCACGACCCAACAUUGACUAUGAUGCUCUGAAUCAAGGCUUGGUCAAGUCCUCUAUCGAGACGUCUACCCACCAUUACAUCCAGCCCUUCAAGGAAGACAAAUUUACUCUUCUACCCGACGAUUUUGCCCGUGUUAGGCCGGAGCUACUUACGGUCGAAUUUCUGGAGAACUCUAACGGCAUGAAAAGACCCUUUGUUGUUCCAGCCGCUUGGAACCCGCGCUUUGGAGUUCAGGUUCCCUCCGCUGAGGUGGAAUCGAAUCGGCCGUCGGAUUCAGACGACCAGGAACCACACAUGGCCUGUGAUGCCUUUGGAAAUGAUGUCAAUGACCCUUCAGCAAAGACAGUAGAAAUGUCAAUGGAGGAGAUUAUGGACUCUGGGCAGGACCUGCUAGACAUGGUAAUACCACCAAACUUGACAGUUCGAAGAAUCGCCGAGCUAUAUGGCCCUGAUGAGCCUGUGCCUGUGAUCGAUGUCAAGACACAAGAAACCAAAGGCCAAUUUACUCUCCAACAAUGGGCUGAUUACUAUGAACAACCAGGAGAUAAGCCUAUCCGGAAUGUUAUCAGCUUGGAGGUUUCACACAGCCCACUUGGGAAGCUCAUUCGACGACCAAAAGUUGUGCGUGAUCUCGAUUUAGAAGAUCAUGUCUGGGAUACGGAUAUUGAGGCUCGUACCAAGAAAAGGCCGGUGCAAUUCUAUUGCCUCAUGUCGGUAGCCGAUAGCUACACAGAUUUUCACAUCGAUUUUGGGGGCUCCUCGGUCUACUAUCAUAUCCUCAAGGGCACAAAGACCUUCUUCUUCAUCCCGCCAGAGGAUAAAUACCUGAAGAAGUAUGAGAACUGGUGCAACUCUGAUACACAGAACGAAACCUGGCUCGGGAAAGAAUGUGAGAAUAACUGCAUAAGAGUUGAUCUUCACGAAGGAGACACCGCAUUCAUCCCCGCCGGUUGGAUCCAUUCGGUCUGGACACCCGAAGAUAGCCUUGUCAUUGGAGGCAACUUUCUCACGCGAAUCGACUAUGAGAUGCAAUUGAAAGUCGCCAACAUUGAAAAGGCCACGAAGGUCGCCGCUAAAUUUCGAUAUCCCUACUUUCAGAAGGUCAUGUGGUACUCGUUGAUCAAAUACUUGGAAGAAGACCCAGUGCCAGACGAAUUACUCCAGGAGUUUCGUGAAGAUCCUGAAUAUGUCUAUCUUCGGGCAAAUCCUACUUGGCACGAGGUUCAAGAUCUCGAAAACGCUGCAGAGCCUGGAAGUCCGGACUACAAUGCCAGGUUUUAUCCGAAGUCAGAGGUUUCAGGAUGGCCGGCUUUGCGGGACUAUCUGUACCGAACAGCUCGUAUAGACGCUGGUCUUCCUGUGUCGGACAUAACCAAGAAGCAAGUUGAUGCUGUGAAGGCGUCGAUUCCGAAGGGUCAUGGGAAUCCUCUGACAAUGAUCAAAGUCUUUGCAAUCUGGUGUGCAUGGAAAACAGGGAAUGUCUCGGCGCCAGACUGGGUGUAUUCGGAUGGGGCACUGGAAGCCGACAAAGUUGACAAAAUGAAAAAGCCAGAAACAUUCCGGCUUCCAGGAGAACGAAGCUCGUCUCGACGCGCGGCACAGGCUCAGAAUCAGAGCCGCAAUUCCCCCCCGAUAGAGUCGAGCGUUCCGACCCCGAAGCAGACAUCAAGAUCCGCCUCUAAGGGAAGUGGACUGCGAGUUGCAUGUGAGCCUUGCCGCAAACGUCGAAUUAAGUGUCGGCACAAGGCUGGUAGUGACACUUUGGCAAGAACAGCCCCUGAAAUCCGACCAAGAAGUUUUUCCAACGCAGAUGUAGCGCCAAUAGAAAUUUGUCACACGAACGGCACGGGCAGCGACCAGAUCAGCUCACCAGAGGUGCGAUAUCCGGAACUGGUUGAUAGUGCAGGUGGCGGUGCCUCAUUACCCGUACCUGAACCCGGAUCAUCCUCAUCAAAGAAAAGUAGGAGCAAGGCGUGCGAGGAGUGUCGCAAGAGUAAGCGUCGAUGUGUGCAUGAUGAACAUGGUCAAGUUGAUCCUGCAAAGGCGGCUGAACCAGCCAAGCCGAGGGGAUCUACGACCAGUAAACGGUCAGGUCGACUGAGUGAUGAAAACGGCCAGAAUCCACCUGACCUUAGGACAUUAGAUGGUUUGAUUGAUCCAGCGCUGAUGAAUGGCAUCGAUGUUGAUGUUGAGAUGGAAGAUGAAGCUGUAGAAGAUGACUAUCCAGAGGGGCAUCAUGAUGAAACCCAGUCUCGGCUUUCUCGUGAAGACACCAAGAUGUCGGAAACAGAAGCAGCCAAUCUGCAACUGACCAAAGAGCUAGAUGCCGAGCAAUUUCCAAUCGGCCCUGCACUAAAUGGUCCAACUAUGGCGCCGGUCAAACCCGAGAUGGAUCUGAUCGAAGACAUCAGCGUGGGUGGCAACAGAACUAUCGACGGAGCAUCGGCUCCGUUGGCCAAUGGAGAGGUGUCAACUUCCAUGGCGAACAAGACUCGCAAUUCGAGAGUGAAUGGGGAAUCAGGGUCGCCAGUCGCUCCUUCCUCACAGCACUCAUCACGGCAACCAAAAUCGAUUGAACGGUUCUCGGCUGAAGGCACUAAAUCACCCAGCAAGGUGCAUGCGAAGUCGCCUGCGAAGGAUCGGCGAGGGUCAAGUGCAGCGAGUGGACAAACAGUGAUGAUGAGUGGCAAGAGCCGACGGUCCUCGAGCAACACAUCAGGAACGACUCAUCAACUUGCAGGCCUGCCAUCGAAGCGGAGUGCGUCAGCGGAGGAGUCGGGACGACCAGUCAGCCGGGCAAGUACAGGUGCAGACAGUGACCUGGACGCAGACGAGAGAUUUGCGCGGGAGCUUCAGGCAGCAGAGAAUGGGCUGAGACGUCGAACUAGCAUGAGGGCAUAG